AUGCCCGUUACGACCAUCUCACAUAGCACCGGUCAGAUGGCUUCCAACGGGGCCGCGCCCCUCGAUCCGUUGGACGCAGCUUGGUCAUUGAUGGUUAUUGCCUCAGCGGACUACGACCCGAUUAACCACCUGAACGAGAUCUUCUCGCACCCUUCUACGCUGUCCUCCGUUUCCGAUGUGUCUCAACGGUUGCGUGAUUACGAAACUGAGCUCGACAACGAGAUCGGGGCGCUUGUAGAAGACCAAGUUACAUCCAAUGCAGAGAGCGUCGAGCGCAUUCAAGCCGCUAAAUCAGAUCUGUCCGAGUUGUUCAAGAAAAUCGACGAUGUCCGCGACCGCGCGUCCAAGACCGAGCAGUCCAUUACAGAAAUGACGGCGGAUAUCAAACAGCUAGACAACGCGAAGAAGAAUCUGACGCAGUCGAUGACGGCCCUGAAACGGCUUCAGAUGUUGACGACCGCGUAUGAUCAAUUGCGUGUUCUCAGUCGCACGAGGCAGUACCGGGACUGUUCCCAGCUGCUUCAGGCCGUGAUUCAGCUCGUCGCGCACUUCAAGUCGUAUAGAUCGAUUGAUCAGAUUGCGCUCCUUAGCCGGAAUGUGGCGGAUAUCCAAAGAGACUUGUUGGAGCAAAUAUGUGAAGACUUUGAGCUGGCGUUCGCCAAGGGGGAGGUUGGCGCGAGGAAGACGGCGCUCUCGGAGGCAUGCUCUGUUAUGGAUGCGCUUGGGGAUCAUGCGAGAUCGAGAUUGAUGACUUGGUACUGUAAUUUCCAGCUGCGCGAGUACCGGCAGGUUUUCCGGAACAAUGAGGAGGCGGGCUCACUGGACAAUAUUUCACGGAGGUACUCAUGGUUUCGACGGAUCCUGCGAAUCUACGAUGAAGAGUACGCCUCUAUUUUCCCUGCAUCGUGGAGAGUGGAUGAAAUACUGGCCAAUGCGUUCUGCGAAGGGACCAGAGAUGAUUUCAAGGGAAUAUUAUCACGGUCUGUGCGGAAUGGCCAGACUAUCGAUGUCAGUAUGUUGCUCUCGUGUUUGCAGGAAACGCUUGACUUUGAACAUUCCCUGGAACGACGGUUUGCCAUUGAUUCUCGUCCAUCCACCGAUACAUUUGCGUCAGCGGAAACGCCUGUAUUCGGCCAAGCUAUCUCCGAAGCAUUUGAGCCUUAUCUAAGUGUAUGGGUAAAUGCUCAGGAUCAGCAAUUGGCCGGCUUGAUACCAAAAUACCGUCAACAGCCUGUUAAACCUCCAGGCGAAGAAUUCGAUUCGCACAUUGUUAUUUCCUCUUCCAUGGAGCUGUUCACAUUCUACAGGCAUGCUCUCCAGCAGUGUGCAAAGCUCUCUACAGGCGCAAGUCUCGCGGAUCUGGCAAAAGUGUUCGGCAAGUAUCUCGACCAGUACGCUCAGCAGUUAGAGGAGAAGAUAAAGGGCCGUCUCGACAAGAAUCUGAAGCAGAGUGUCGACUUGCAAAGUCAAGCUGACUCAUUCAUGGGAAUAGCGUCGGCUGCUGUGCGAGGCCUAGUGCGCAAAGUUGAGACAGAACUCGAGCCAUGCUGGCGAGAAAUGCGCAACACCCCUUGGAAUCGGCUGGAAGGGGUGAGCGACCAAAGCUCCUAUGUUGGAGAGCUAUUGUCGAAAACCAACUCCAAGGCGUCAGAAAUACUGCAAUUGAUCCACAAGCAACAAUACGCCAGAGCUUUUGCUGACCACAUAGUGGAGUUGAUUUCGAACAUCUUCCUGCAAAACAUCUUCCAUUGUAAACCUGUCUCGGAGACGGGUGCAGAACAGAUGCUCCUAGACACAUACACCCUUAAAACCGGUCUAUCUUCACUCCUCCCGGCGCCCCCACCCGCCGGUUUCGUCAAGCGUGUCAAUAACAGCUUCACGAAGAUCGAAACCUUGCUCAAGACCCUCCAAGUCCAACCAUCGCCUCCAGAAGCCCUCGUCCAAGCAUACCUAAUUCAUAUCGCAGAUCGAAACAAUAACAACUUCCGCAAAAUCCUUGACCUUAAGGGUAUCCGGAGCCGCCAGGAGCAGAACCACCUUGUCGAACUCUUCCAGAUUCACCGCACUUCCGAUCGCUACGCCUCAAACAUCCAGGAAACAAACCCCUUUCUGGGCGCACUCCAAACAACCUCUGCUUCCUCCUCAACUUCCGUCUCCCAAGGCCUCGGCCUUGGCAAUCUCGGCACCUCUGCCGCGGCAUCAACGAGCCGCUUUGAUGCGUCGCUGCUUGGCUCUGCACUUAUUUCCGCUGCGAAGGAUGGUGUGGAUAGGCUGGGCACGCCCAUGUCCUCUACUCCUGUUAACCCGGGUGCGGCUGGAGCAGGUAACUUGGCCGCUUCUACACCGGCCGCAAUACCUGGGUCUUCUGGGCCGAACCAAAGCCAGGCCGGUGAGGUGGGGUCUAACUUGAACGAGAACCUUAAGAACCUUGGCAAGUUCUUCCGAAGAGAUCUAGGGUUCGGCGGAAGAUUUGGGAGGAGUGGUGAUGAUGGCUGA